GUUAUUUUAUUUUUUACCUACGUGACUUUACCCAAUAGAAGCAAAGAGUAAGGUGGUAAGGUGUGUAAAUAUUGCCACUGGGGAGACAAAUGCGGCCGGGCGUGGUGCUGGCCACCCUUCGUGUGCCUUUAUAGGCGAUGCUCGCGAAUAGCACGUUCCCCCAACAGACUGUUAAAGCGUGUGUACGUGCAAUUGUAGGAACUCAUUGUGUCCUCUUCCGACAAGCAAGCAAGCCAGCAGCAAGUGAAACUAAAAACGGAUAUUUGCUUCUAUUCACGUGACUUUAUUUCACGUUUUACUUACUAUACAGCAUUUCUCACGGUGGUACAUGCAACACGUUAACACUUUAUUAUUUACGAGUGUAACAAUGCCUCCCUUUUUGUUGCUGUGCCUUAAACGCGUUGUUAACACUUUGACCGCGUGUACGAUGCGGUCCAUUUGCGUUCCCGACUUACGAACCGCCCGACGAAGGAGCCGACCCCGUGCGUAAGUCGGGGCCUUUGCCCCCUUGAAAACAAAACAUGGAAUCGAUUCUCGUAGCGUGCACGCGGAAUCGUUUCUUCGCGAUUCCUAAAAGGUCAAUCCGUUUCACGUCGCUUGAGUUAUCGCUCCACGCGCAGAGAGAGCGCCACUCCGCACACUCUCUCACACACACACAAGGAGGCCGAGAGGACACCACCACCACCUCUCUCGCUAUGCUCACUGCCGCCGUAGCGCGCUGCUCCCGCCGGGGGCCCCUGGGCUCCCUGGCUUCGCUCGGCAGAGCCCUUGCCGCGGGGCAGGUGCGGCGUGAAGCGGGCUGCGGGAGGCCUGGUCCGGGCUGCGGGUGGGAAUCCAGGCGAGCGGCGUCUGCCUCCUCCUGGGAGCGCGGGGAGAGGACGGAGUCGGCGGCGAUGGAGGACGCCGAGGAGGAGAAGAAGAGACUCGGGAACCUCUCGAGUCGCUUCGCGGCGCGCUCCUUCUUCAGGAAGAGCGCGGCGACACACGAGGAGGAGGACGGGGAGGAGGAGGAGGAGGAGAGGGUGCGGGGAGGCCGUAGGGAUACAGCGUACUGGUUCCACGUGCAGUGCAAGCGCCUGGCGCGGAGCGGACAGCUGGAGGAGGCGCUUCGUCUGUUUGAGGAGACGGGGCUGAAGCAGCAGCGCCUGCAGCCCGAGGAGUUCAACUUCACCGUGCUGAUCGGGGCGUGCGCACGCGCCGGCCUCACGCGCCGCGCCUUCCGCCUCUAUAACGACAUGAAGAAGCGUGGGCUAACCCCGAGCUCGCACACCUACACGGCGCUGUUUAACGCGUGCGCGGAGUGCGGACGCCCUGAGCAGGGCCUAGCUUUGGCGGAGAAGCUGUGGGCCGAGCUGCAGCAGAAGUUUGGAAGAGCGGAUACACAUCUUUUCACGUACCACGCCCUGCUCAAGGUGUACGCACGCUACGGUAGUCUGGCGCCCGCCAUCAACGUGCUCAAGGAAAUGGUUGGCAAUGGUGUGGUCCCAACCUCCACCACGCUGAGCUUCCUGCUGGAGGCAGCCAGGCGAGAUCCCUCGGAGGGCUUUCGCCACGCCCUGCAGCUGUGGCGCUGGAUGGAGCGUGUCGGGGUGGCCCCAAACCUCCACAACUACAGUUUUCUGCUGUCCGUUGCUCGGCAGUGUGACAUUGGUGACCCGGCGGUUGCCACUGCUCUGCUGCUAAACGAUUCCAGUGAGAGUAAAAAUAUCCGGAGUCUUCCAGUCCGCAGCCAGACGGGAGCCAAGAGACGGACUUCUACGAGUGCGGCAGUGGCAAGUGUCCAGGACCUUCAAGGGCGACUGUUCAACUCUCAAAGAGCUUGUUCACAUCCAGAUUCUGUGCGACAGGACAAGAGCACAAGGGGUGCACACGAGUGGCAGCUCACCCACGAGCACACACCACAGACGAGAACUGACCAAUUGUCGACGAGCUGUGCAUCUAGGGAGCGAGCGCAUGUUGAGGAGUGUCCCGAGCAGAUGGCAAUCGCACAGCGGCACUCUGAGCAGAUUCCCCAGCACUCAACAUCUCUGGCACUUUUGCCCGAAUCGCCGGGCAGUCACCUCGAGUUACCGGGCAAUCUGCUGGAGCCAGGCCGGCGCAGCACCAAGGGCCACGUGCUGUCUCUGAGGGCGGCGCCCGACCCUGCCGAUCGGCUGGCGCUGCUGGGCGGUGUGGCAGGAGUGCUGGGGGCUCUACGGAGGCAUGGCCUGGCCCCCAACGUGCUUAUCUUCACACAGCUCGCUAUGCUGUUGCCUGCUGAUCAGUUUGAUCAAGACGAGCGGCUGCUGCAGGAGGCGAAGGCCUGCGGAGUGGAGCCAGACGUCACCUUGUACAACGUCCUGGUGGGGCGCAGGAGCCGCGCCGGCGACCUGGCCGCAGCGCGCGCGUUGGUGGGGGAGCUGGUGCGGGAGGGGCUGUCCCCUGACAUGCACACGUACAGCGCGCUGGCCGCAGGCUGCCAGCGCGAGGAGGACGGUGUGCAGCUGCUGAGAGACAUGAGGACAAGUGGCUUGACUCCGAAUUCCCACGUGUGCGGGGUGCUCAUCUCCGUGGCGAUCCGUCGUCUCGACUACUCGUACCUGACUGCGGUGCUCAAGGAGAUGGCUCGGUCGCACAUCGCCGCCUCGCCCGCCAUCCUGAGGCAGCUCGACUUCGCAGCCCGCUACCCACCCGGAUACGAUCACUACAGCGCAUCGAACGCCUAUCUGGAUAAGAUCGACGGCUUCCGUGGGUUCUACCAGCUCUGGCUGAAGCGCACCUCUGCCGUGGACGACACAGCGCAAGUCCGGUGAAUCUGUUGGCGUUGUCAGCCAAGAGACAAUGAAAUAUUCCCCGCGAGAGAUCAUUCCCACACUCGGCUGUAGUGCUGUGAGCUGUAUUUCCUGUGCCAAUGACGACUGGACAAAUAUGCACCCCCUACCCCCCCCUCACCUAUCCGGCUGUCGUACGUGGCACAAAGCAGUGGACAUCACCCUACCUCCAUGUGGGAGCUAACAAAGAGAGAAGACACUCGUGGAAAUAAUGCAUCUUGAACUCGGCGUUGUUACAAUUGCCACUUCAUCAUCGCAAUGAAAGUAGUGGCCAAGUGAGGUGGUGGUUGUUUGCAACAUUCGCGUGCGUCCACUCAUCCCUGUCUUGACACUGCACGAGAGAGCGGGAAGUGAGCAUUACGCUGCCAUGUCAAUAAAACCCGACUGCAUCUAA